AUGCCUUUCUUCUCGGCUCCCCAGGCCUUGCGCCUGCGCAGCCCUCCCACUUACUCCUCGGAUUUCGUCGCCAUGGCCUCUCAGUCGUACGAGUACGGCGACAAUGGCAUGUUCAAUGUCUUCAAGAGCAACAAGCACAGUGCGCAUCCCGACUUCGCCAACCUCACCCUGCUCGUCUUCGAGGCUGUUAUGGAGGUUGUCUGCGUCAGCGCGCCUGGCUACAUUGUCGCGCGAAUGGGCCAAUUCGACGCGGAGAGCCAGAAGUUCCUCGCCAACCUCAACACGCAGCUGUUUACACCCUGCCUUAUCUUUACCAAGCUCGCAUCGCAACUGACGGCCGAAAAGCUGGCUGAUCUGGCCGUCAUUCCCGUAAUCUUCAUCGUACAGACACUUAUAUCCUACCUUGCCGCGCUCAUCGUAUCGAAAGUAUGCAGAUUCAACAAACGGGCCUCCAACUUUGUGGUCGCCAUGGCGGUCUUCGGAAACUCAAACUCGCUUCCAAUCUCCCUCGUCAUCUCCCUCUCCAAGACACUGUCCGGUCUGCACUGGGACAAGGUUCCAGGCGACAACGACAACGAUGUCGGCGCGCGCGGUAUCCUCUACCUACUCAUCUUCCAACAACUCGGCCAGCUCGUGCGAUGGACAUGGGGCUUCAACGUGCUCCUAGCGCCGGCCAGCGCCUACAAAGACGAAGAUGGCGGCAAGAACAGUGCUAUCGAGAACGGAGAGUACAGCGAUGACGAGGCGCAACGUCUUCUCGAUGACUCGCACUCUGACUACGAAUCUGGCAACGUCACCAGCUACGCUACUUCCGCUGACUCCGACGAGUCCGACUCAGACUCUCUGUUCAACCGCGACGCUCAGGCAGAGACCGACUUCAUCACACCCACCAACGGCAACGCAACUGUCCCGGGCCAAGGCGACAUGAGCGGAAGCAGCAACGGCUAUGCCAACGGUCAUCUUAAUGGUGUUCUCGAGGCGCACAAGAAGAAGCAGAAUGCUCCCAAGGGUAUCAAGGGAAUGCCAAAGCGAGCUGGCAUGGCAUUGAAGCGCUCCGCCAGCACCGUUUCCGUCUCUACAACUCGCGCUGGAAACAGAGUCUUCAACGCUCUUCCCACAUGGCUCCAGGGACCUCUUGCCAAGAUUGGCCAUAUUUUGUCAAGGUUCUUCAAGGGCGUCUGGGACUUUAUGAACCCUCCCCUCUGGGCUAUGCUGAUCGCCAUCCUUGUCGCCUCUAUCCCUCCGCUACAACACCUCUUCUUCGACCCAGGAACAUUCGUCAGCAACUCCGUGACGCGCGCUGUCAACCAGAGCGGACAAGUCGCUGUCCCCCUGAUCUUGGUCGUCUUGGGUGCCAACCUUGCCCGUAACACUCUGCCCAAGGAGGACCAGCACUCGAUGGAAGACCCAAGUGUUGAGAAGAAGCUUGUCAUUGCUUCUCUCGUUAGCCGCAUGCUUAUUCCGACGCUUCUCAUGGCACCUAUGCUUGCUUUAACCGCCAAGUACGUGCCUGUCAGUAUUCUCGACGACCCGAUCUUCAUCAUUGUUUGCUUCCUUCUCAGUGGAGCACCUAGUGCGCUGCAGCUGGCACAGAUCUGCCAGAUCAACAACGUGUACAUGGGCGCCAUGUCGAGAAUUCUGUUCCAGAGCUACGUUGUCUGGAUCCUGCCGUCGACUCUUCUUCUGGUCAUGCUUGCACUGGAGACAGUGGAAUGGGCCAAAUGA